AGUGUGAAGUCAGCUUGACCGAUAAGAGAGAAGUUACAGAAUACUUCUGCAUGUUUGUCAGGGAAUGUGAGUGACUGUGGCGAGAAUCCUAUGCCCCGUGUUUGCACUUGAAGUGUAACUGUGCUGCUAUCAGCGACGAGAAAGUACAGAACCGUGAAACAAGCAUCCUAAAGUGAGAAAAGUAUUUAUCCGGGGACUGAAGGUACCAAGUCACAAAAGACAGGCGAAUACAUCAACACCAAUCAGCCAGCGAUGGCAUUUAUUUGUUCCAGAUCUUCAUGGAUGGCCUUUUAUUUGGGGAUGUUUGUAGGCUUCUUAACAACUUUUUACCUGGCUCGCAAUAUCCUAGAUGUGAACAAAUCUCAGAAAUCUGAAGCUCUUCGUUCAUGGAAGAAUGCCAAGUAUAUACAAGAGAGCACAUCUCACUUUCAUUUUCCAGGCAAUAGCAGUGUUAAUGAAGACCUUGCACAGAAAGUUAGAGUGCUUUGCUGGAUUAUGACUGGACCAAAAAACCUUAAAUCCAAAGCUAUUCACCUAAAGUAUUCUUGGACCCGUCACUGUAAUGUGGUACUGUUCAUGAGCUCCACAACCAACAACAGUUUCCCAACAAUCGGUUUGGAGACUAAGGAAGGGCGGGAUCAAUUAUACUGGAAGACUAUCCGAGCUUUUCAAUAUGUGCAUAAGCACUAUUUUGACCAGGCUGAUUGGUUCUUAAAAGCAGAUGAUGACACAUACGUUGUUGUUGACAAUCUACGUUGGAUGCUGUCCAGUUAUACCCCUGACCAGCCUAUCUACUUUGGCAAGCGCUUUAAACCUUAUGCCAAGCAGGGCUACAUGAGUGGAGGAGCUGGUUAUGUUCUUAGUAAGGAAGCCCUGAAUCGCUUUGUGGAAGGAUUCCGUACUGAGGUCUGCAAACACACAACCUCAGUGGAAGACCUGGCAUUAGGACAGUGCAUGGAGAAGAUGGGAGUUAUUGCAGGGGACUCGAGGGACACAGAAAAAAGAGAAACGUUCCAUCCAUUUACACCAGAGUCCCACCUUGUGGAGCAUUUUAGUAAAAGCUUUUGGUACUGGAACUAUUGCUUCUACCCUAUUGUGGAGGGCCCCCAGUGCUGCUCGGAUCUGGCAAUAUCAUUCCAUUAUGUCAAUCCUGAACUCAUGUACACAUUGGAGUAUUUUACCUAUCAUCUCCGACCAUAUGGUUACCAGUAUCGUUACCAGCCACCACUACCUGAGAAUGCACGUAGACUCCCAAUACACACUAAGGAUGAGGCUUCAGUACCAGAACCUUCUGUCAAAUCCAAUUUAACUUUAUCUGAUAUUAAUAAGAAGAUAUAACUCAGGACAUAUGUCAUAAAAGUGCCUCUAAUAUGAAGAAUCACUGUUGAAUUUUAUAUGAAAAUAUGAAUUAAUAUGUUGUUUCCCAUCAUACCAUUAAUUUAUUUCACCUUAUGACUGCUUUUUGUUUUUACUAAUUCUUUUGAUGGGUCAAUGAAGAUUUUGUGCAUUUCCACAUGGUGGAAGUGAAAAACUCUGUUGUUCAACCAGCCAAGACCACUAAAAGAAAUCUAAAACCUUGUUGUUAUUAGCAAGGAACACGAGACAAACAGUGCAUUGAUGGAUCUGGAAACAAAAAAAGAUGGACUAAUUAUAAUUUCAUCAUCUUUGGAUAAAUAGAAAUAACAGUACCAUCUGCAAUUUUAUAGACUAUUUCCAGAGAAAUAUCACUAAAUAACCUGUGAAUCAAAUGUGAACUUCUAAUAUGUUUUUUAUUUAAACAUUUAUUUGUCUUUAUUUAUACAACACAUUUUAUUUUAAUAAAUUAUAGGACGAA